AUGAAGUUCUCCACUGUCCUCCUUUCCGGCCUCGCUGCCGUCUCCCAGGUCAAGGCCGAGGCCCAGCCCAACCCUGACAUUGGCGACUUCUUCGACAACCUCGGUGACGACAUCAAGAGCAUCUGGAACGGCGCCGGUGACGGCCUCUCCUCCGUCGUCAACGAGAUCAAGACCGCCGCCUCCGCCAACGCGGACAACGCCCAGAGCGUGAUCAGCGACGUCGUCGCCUCCGUCACUGCCGACGCCGCCUCCCGCCAGUCCUCCCUGAGCUCCGUCAUCGCCACUGCCACCGGCGAUGCCAAGGCCAAGGCCACCUCCGAGGCUGGCGAGCUCUCCAGCGCCGUCGAGGACUUCAAGAGCCGUGCCAGCAACGCGGUCGACGAGCUCAAGGGCUCCUCCACCGGCGCCUCCGCCAGCGCCACCGGCAGCAGCAACAACGACAGCGGCGCCACCCUCCCCACCGUCACCCUCGCCGUGCUCGGCAUGGUCGGUGGUGCUGCCGUCUUCUUCAACCUGUAG